AUGACUGAGGAUAUCAAGAGCGCAAACUUCCUGUGCGUGGGUCCCGGGCAGCUUCUCAAGACACCAAAGUUGCUCCACAGCUUAACAUCAGGCAAAACAAUUGUCACCGACGUCUGGGUAUCACAGUCGGUUGCGUCUGAAUUCUUGUUAGAUACGAUCGAGUUCCUGCCCGAGGAGCUUAAGGCAACCAAACACUUGGAUCGCACGAACAUCUUUACCGAUCAAGUCAUUUACGUUACUGCAGCGCAGCGUCAGGCCUACCAGAAGGGCUGGGACGAUGUUGUGGCCAUUAUCAAACAAGCUGGCGGCACAAAUCCAUUGACCGGACCACUCUCGAAACUCGACACAAGCAGUAUCACACUGUACCUCGGUGCUGACAAGGACGAUGACGUCGCUGCAAAACUGCAAGAGCAAGGAGAAACGGUAUACAAGAAGGACAUACUCGGCGCCAGCAUUGUUCAAGGAGAAUUGGUACUUGACGAGUCGUUGGAACUUCCACCGGUAGAGAAAGAAUCGAAGGCGACGAAGGCAGAACCAAAGUCGGUCAAGAAAGGCGGACGCAAGAAGAAAACGUAG